CUGUCCCGUCCGGCGUAUUUAGCGUCCCGGAGACGAUUUAGGGUAUUCAGCUGGCCCCUCCUCCAAGCAUGAGGCGUGUCGAUCAGCGGGAAGGAGAAACAAUUCGAGCGGAUUCAGCGCAUGAUCUGCGUUGUGUCAACGGAUGUGGCACGGUAUCAGAAGCCCAGAACCACACGGAAGCACACCAAAAGAGCAUUCGACCCAUGUUCGCCAAAUAGCCAGCCUCCCGGAAUUGGAGUUGCACAUACAGUAUGUCGUUGUGAGCUUUUUUCGGCAUGCGGCCAGACGAUGCUGGCCUGCAGUGGUGCAGUGGUGCAGUGCUGCAGAGGGCAUCUCAGAGAGACUCAGACCGCUUUUCAAGCCCGGAUGUCGGACUUCCCGGGCUGCAUGUUGGUCCUGAUUCAGAACGCGAGCAGAAAAGAACGCGGAUUAUUGUGCAGUAACACCCUCCACGGUCAGGGCCAAUUUGGGGGAAGCUCUAUUUUAGCCCAGGGUGCAUCGACCCCGCUACAGGGAGGAGGGAGUUACGCGUUAGCCGCAACAACAGCAGCAGCAGCAGCUAAUCACAGAGUGGCCAGCGGCCCACACAGAACGGACUUGACGGCAUUUGUGGAGGGCCAGGGCCGGGACCAGGACCAGGACCAGGACCACGACCAACUGACCUCGACCCCCCCCCUCAUGACCUUACGACCGACCAUCCGACUGCAUUCCAGAACAACCUAUUUCGCAGCCCUGGUGGCCCUCGAAGGACAAAGGGUAUCGAUGAUCGAGAUCGGCUCCCGCCGUCCCGCUUCUGUGCAAAUAUCUUCUCUUCCUUCGCCAACGUUCUCCCUCUCAUCGACGUUGAAUUUAAUACUUAAUGGACUCGGUCCGCGGAGCUUGCUCUCCAUGUUCUACUCUUCAAUAUCGCGGCGCGACUUCCUUUGGCUUUGGCUUUGGCUUUGAUUUUGAUUUUGACUCCAGCGCAUGAACUCGAGCAACGAUACUUCAUUUCCUCAAAUCUGAAUUUACAGAAUGGCGGAAACCCUGCCGCUACUACGAGAAAAGAUGGAUCCUGAAAAUAGGUCUUUCAUAUCGGCCAUAGACUCCCCAAAAGGACCGCGACCACAGGCUAUCGCACAUAG